GGCCAGGUCAUGGCCAUGUGCCAGCAGAACGGGGGGAUGCCUUUCCUCCCUGGUAUGUUCCCAUUCGCCCUUACAAGCUCCGAUGGCGGUGACGUCGUUCCAGACGCCGAUGCCGCAACCAUCACCUUUCCAGCCCCAGCUGGUCAGCACCAUGGCCCCGGUCAACUUGGCCGGUGCACUUAACGCUGCAGGGCCGUCGCGUCCCCCGCAAGCUACGGAUCUGCAGGUCACUCCUGAUGGUCAUUGCGUCUCGAUUGAGAGCGAUGACGGCGAGUGGGACAUCCCGAGGGCCCACAAGAAGAAGAAAGGAAAAAACAUCCGGCCAGCGACCUCCCGAAACUCCGCCUUCGAAAGGUUGGGGGAUAGGGAGGAAGGCCAGAGGAAGUCAGCCAAGCAGAGGCUGGGGCAGAGUGUUGCCCAUGUCAGCGCAUUCGCCCGGCUAGGCGAGGUGCGGGAGGCCGAGCCUGCCCGCACCCGGCGCUCCCGGUCUAACCGGCAGGAGCCAGCGAGGACGAGGGCCUCCCACCAGGAAGGGGAGGCGGAAAGCCAGCCCAGGUUACCGGUGGCGAACCGGUUAACCAUCCCAAACGACCGCGUCCAGCAGAUGGAGGCAAAGCUGGAUAGGCUGGAAAAGAAGGUCAGGGAGAAGAAUGACCGGGAUAAACCCCUGGCAGGGUCCCCGUUCACCACAAGGGUCCAUCUGACACCUUUCCCGCGAAAGGUCAAGAUCGACGCCCCCAGAUUCACCGGGAAGGAAGAUCCGGAAAUCCACCUGGACUCCUUCAACCAGAGUGCGACCAUGAACGGUUGCACCGAUGAAGAAAAGUGCCUACUUUUCUUCCAGACCUUGCGGAACCGAGCCACUGAAUGGUUCAAUAAGCUUCGCCCGGGAAGCAUUGACUCGUUCAGUGAUUUGGCCUCAAAAUUCAAGGCCAAGUUCCAGGAGAAUUGUACUAAGAGGAAGAAGUUCACCUAUCUUAGUACAGCCGGGCAGAGGGAGUCUGAGAACCUCACUCAGUUCCUUACCCGGUGGAAGGAAGAGGUAGACAAGGUGGAAGAGAUGGAUGACAAGACCGUCCUCUCCCUCCUCUUGAAUGGCUUGCGUGCUGGGGAACUAUACAAGGAGUUCUGCCGGAAACCCCCAGCCACGUACCAAGAGGCCUACCAUACUGCAUGGGAGUUUGCUGAAGCUGAAACCCAGCUCCGGGCAAAGAGAGAAGCUGANAAUGUCAUCCCAUUCGCUAGGUUCGGGGUUGAUAUCAUUGGAGCAUUCCCAGUCGCCCAAGGAGGGAAGAAGUUCGUGAUCGUAGCCAUCGAUUACUUCACCAAAUGGAUCGAGGCCGAAGCAUUGGCCAACAUUACCACGCAACAAUGCAAGAAAUUCAUUUGGAAGAACAUCAUCACGAGAUUUGGAGCGCCCAUGAACCUCAUCACCGACAACGGCCCACAAUUCCGAAAUCCAAGGUUCACUGAAUACUUGGAGGGCUUCGGGAUCAAGCACAAUCGCUCCUCGGUAGCAUACCCCCAAGGGAAUGGCCAAGUCGAAAACGCCAACAGAACUAUUGUGGAUGGUUUGAAGAAGCGGUUGGGAGAAGCAGGAAACAAGUGGCUGAAAGAGCUCCCACACAUCGUAUGGGCAUUCCGGGUAACACCCAGGAGGGCUCAUGGGGAAACUCCAUUCUCCCUAACCUAUGGAUGUGAAGCAAGGCUGCCCAUCGAAGCUGAAUUCCCAACGUUCCGGGAAUCAAACUAUCAACCCCAGCAGAAUGAGGAAGACCACUUGGCCGAACUCAACUUGGUCGAAGAACGGAGAAUGGCCGCGGAAGUCAAAUGAGCACAUACCAACAAGUUGUGAAGAAGUACCAUGACAACAAGGUUGGGCCGCGGUACUUCCAAGUUGGGGAUGAAGUCCUACGGAGAAGAGAAGCAAGUAGACCCGGCUACGGAGGAAAGCUAGCAAAAAACUGGGAAGGCCCAUAUAGGGUUAGAGCCAUCAUUCGCCCGGGGACAUACUGGUUA